AUGGGGCAUCACUGCUGCAGCAAACAGAAAGUGAAGAGAGGGUUAUGGUCACCUGAAGAAGAUGAGAAGCUCAUCAAUCACAUAACCACCUAUGGCCAUGGUUCAUGGAGUUCAGUGCCAAAACUUGCAGGGUUGGAAAGGUGUGGGAAGAGUUGCAGAUUAAGAUGGAUAAACUAUUUGAGACCAGAUCUCAAACGGGGUUCGUUUUCUGCACAGGAAGAGAGAAUCAUCAUUGAUGUUCAUAGGAUUCUUGGGAACAAAUGGGCUCAGAUAGCCAAGCAUUUGCCAGGUAGAACAGACAAUGAGGUCAAGAACUUUUGGAACUCUUGUGUUAAGAAAAAGCUCAUUGCACAAGGGUUAGAUCCCAACACUCAUAACCUCCUUCCACCUUCUCACAACAAACCCAAUAAAAAUCACAACAAUCCAAAACCCACUUCAGUUUUCUCUCUACAUUCACAACCCAAAGAUGUUUCCAUGGACAUGAGCAUACCAUUUUCAACAUUACUUUCUAUUCUCCCAAAUGAUGAUACUCCAUCCAUACCAAUCUAUGAAAACCAAAACCCUAAUCUUGUAUGGACAACCCAAGAACAAAAUCCAAACACUUUCAUGGAAACAUCAAUGGGAAGUAGUGUUCCAAUUAUCUCCUCUUCUCCCUCAAAUACAUCUGGGUUUGGGAUUGUUAAUGAAGAGAACUGCAUAUGGAGUAGCAAUAAUGGGUUUCAACCUAUUGAUCAGCUCAACAGACAGGAUGAAAUGUUGCAGCCACAGCAGCAAGAGAAGAAGGCGCCUAGUGCGAUGGAAAUUGAGAAGGCUGAUGAUAUAUUGAACAUGGAUGCUUCAUUUGGGAGCUCUAACUUUGGCUUUGAUUUCGUGGAGUCUCCAUUAUUGCCUUGUGGUAUGUAUUAUAAUACAAGUCCAGUGGAUGGAUUUGCAUGGGAUUGUUAG